GCUUACGUACUGAAACAGAAGGCCGAUCUCUCUCUCUCUCUCUCUCUCUUCUUUAUGGAGGAUGGUCAGCAGCCACUUCUCUCCUCCAGAGGGGACCAAAGCCAAGACCAAGACCAGCUACAGUCCGCCCCUGUAGCAACAAACACUUCAUCCGCUGCCACCUUUAUCGCCGGUGCUGCUGACAUCCCUCCUAUCAAGGGGCCUAGCGAUUUCUUCACACAGUUCCUCAUUGAAUCAAAAAAGCUAUGGUACCUCGCCGGUCCGGCCAUCUUCAACUCCAUAUGCAAAUACUCCCUCGGCGCCAUUACCCAAGUCUUCGCCGGCCACGUUGGUACUCUUGCCCUCGCCGCCGUCUCCAUCGAAAACUCCGUGAUCGCCGGCUUUUCCUUCGGCCUAAUGCUUGGAAUGGGGAGCGCGCUGGAGACGCUGUGCGGGCAAGCGUACGGAGCGGGGCAGAUUGACAUGCUUGGAAUCUACAUGCAAAGGUCUUGGGUGAUCCUGUUGACCACGGCUCUGAUUAUAAGCCCAUUAUACAUCUUCGCCGAGCCAUUGUUGAAACUUAUCGGCCAGACCGAGGCCAUAUCGGAAGCUGCGGGAGUCUUCGCCAUUUGGAUGAUUCCGCAGCUUUUCGCUUACGCCAUGAACUUCCCGAUCGCCAAGUUCCUGCAGUCGCAGAGCAAGAUCAUGGUGAUGGCUGCGAUUGGGGCCGUGGCUCUGGUUCUGCACACUUUCUUCAGCUGGCUGUUGAUGUUGAAGCUCGGGUGGGGUCUGGUGGGUGCGGCGGUGGUGCUCAACUUAUCGUGGUGGUUCAUAGUGGUGGCACAGCUGGUGUACAUCUUCAGAGGGAGUUGUGGUCGCGCUUGGUCUGGGUUCUCGUGGAAGGCAUUUCAGAAUAUCUGGGGAUUCGUUAGGCUAUCUGUCGCCUCCGCAGUCAUGCUCUGCCUGGAAGUUUGGUAUUACAUGGCGUUGAUCCUGUUUGCUGGAUAUCUAAAGAAUGCCGAAGUUUCAGUAGAUGCCUUGUCCAUAUGCAUGAACAUAGUGGGGUGGACGAUCAUGGUAGCUCUUGGGAUGAAUGCCGCCAUAAGUGUGAGAGUGUCAAAUGAGUUGGGGGCAGCUCAUCCAAGAACAGCAAAAUUCUCAGUGGGGGUGGCAGCAGGAUCUUCAUUUAUGAUCGGCCUUGUCAUCUCACUUAUUCUGAUACUUGCACGAAACAAGUACCCCUCUUUGUUUUCGAGUGAUACAGAAGUGGAAGCCGUUGUUAAGCAGCUCACUCCAAUUCUGGCUCUUUGCAUUGUCAUUAACAACGUUCAACCCGUUCUCUCUGGGGUGGCCAUUGGGGCAGGAUGGCAGGCUGUUGUUGCUUAUGUGAACAUUGCGUGUUACUACCUUUUUGGGGUCCCUUUGGGUCUCAUACUGGGUUACAAGCUUGAUAUGGGUGUCAAGGGGAUUUGGUAUGGAAUGAUGACAGGAACAAUCGUGCAGACGGGUGUUCUUUUCUUCAUCGUUUAUAGGACCAACUGGAACAAAGAGGCUUCGAUUGCUGAAGACAGAAUAAGGAAAUGGCGAGGACCUUCAGAACCCACAGAGAACGAUGUAGAAAAAACAACCGAGACCUGAAAGUGCAAAGAAACAUGCCAGGCAUUUUUUGCAAAGUUUCAAAUAAGAAUAGGCAGCUACUUUGAGAAGGGGCACUGUGAAUUCGCUUAUCUAAACUACAUUCAAUUUUGAGUUGCAACAUGAACAUUGAUUAGGCACAAUUGCACAAAUUAAUCAUUUUUCUA